AUGGGAAAAAGAAAUAAUAGAGGAGGAAAGAAGUCCUUCGGUAAAAGAGGAGCCUCCAACUGGGUCGAAGUGGCCAAGGAAAACGAAAAGUGGGAAUCGUACUACAAAACCCAAGGGUUGAUCAACGACGAUGAAUGGGACAGUUUCAAAUCUUACUGCCAAAAACAACUCCCAUUGACCUUCAGAAUCACCGGUUCUAGAAGCCAUCAAAAUGAAAUCAAACAAAUGUUCAAAGAAAAGCACGUGCCAAUCUUGUCCAACGUCGAUGAAAAAUCUCUCAAUAUUACCACCGAAGAAUUGGCAUCUCUUGAACCUCCUAAGCCAAUGAAAUGGUAUCCUAACGAAUUAGCAUGGCAAUUGAAUAUUCCAAAAGGGGUGAUGAAGAAAAACGAAGCGUUCCAAAAGACCCAACGUUUUCUUGUUGUCGAAACUGAAGUCGGUAACAUUUCUCGUCAAGAAGCAGUGUCGAUGAUUCCUCCAUUACUUCUUGAUGUCCAACCUCACCAUUACGUUUUGGAUAUGUGUGCGGCUCCUGGUUCCAAGACCGCACAACUUGUGGAAAAACUUCACGAAAACUGUGAAGAUUCCAUCCCUACCGGGUUUGUCGUCGCCAACGACUCAGAUUACAGAAGAUCCCACAUGUUGGUCCAUCAAGUCAAACGUCUUAACUCCCCAAAUUUCGUGGUGAUCAACCACGAUGGCCAAAUGUUACCAAAGUUCAGAUUACAGCCAGACGGGCCAUACGUCAAAUUUGACCGUAUCUUGUGUGACGUCCCAUGUACCGGGGAUGCCACCAUGCGUAAGAACAUUAAUGUUUGGAGAGACUGGACCAUUGGGAAUGCUUUAGGGUUGCACACUUUGCAAUUGAACAUCUUGACCAGAGGGAUCCAAUACUUGAAACCUGGCGGACGUUUGGUGUACUCUACUUGCUCUCUUAACCCGGUGGAAAACGAAGCCGUCAUCACCGCCGCGUUGAAAAAAUUCGAAGGUAAAAUCAGAUUGGUCAAUGUUUCUAACGAAUUGCCAGGAUUGGUCAGAAGAGACGGGGUUAGUUCUUGGAAAGUGUUGAACAAAAAAGGUGAAGAACUUGCUAACGUUGAAGAAUUAGAGAAGAAACAAGCCGAAAACCCUGUUGAUAACAAGGUCCCAACUACCGUGUUCCCACCAUCCGCUGCUGAAGCUGAAGAUCUUCAUUUGGAAUAUGCGGUCAGAGUUUAUCCUCAUUUGCAAAACACCGGGGGUUUCUUCAUUGCGGUUUUGGAAAAAGUGGUUGAUGAACCUGAAGCCAAGCCAGUUGACACUAAAAAGAGAACUAUUGAAGAAGCUGCUGACUCUACCACUACCACUACCGAAGCCGUUGCUGAAGAAGAACCAAACAAGAAGCAAAAAGUCCAAGAAGAAGAAGUCAAGGUCACUCCGGUGCCAACCAUGUCAGAAAAGCAACAAAAGCAUCGUUUACCAAGAGACGCCAAUGAAGAACCAUUUAUUUUCAUCCCUGAAUCCAACCCGAUCCUCAAGAAGUGUUGGUCUUUCUAUUCUGUGAGCGAUGAUUUCCCAAAACACUCUUGUUUGGUGCGUAAUGCCACUGGGGAACCAAUCAGAUCGAUCUACUUUGUCGCCCCAGUGAUCAAGCAAAUCUUGACUGUCAACGAAAGUAGACUCAAGUUCAUUCAUAGUGGGAUCAAAUUGUUUGUCUCUCAAAAAUCCACCCGUUCUACUGAAGCCCUCUGGAGAUUACAAAGUGAGUCUCUCGUGGUGUUGAAGCCAUUCUUGGGUAAUGCCCGGAUGAUCGAACUCAAAGAAUUGGAAGUCCUCAAGAGUUUGCUCAUGGAAACUUUCCCAAGUAUGACUGCAAUGAAGGAAUUGAGUCAAAGCUUUUAUGAUCAAAUGUCCCAAGUGGAUGAAGAAGGUUGUUGUUUCUUGAAUGUCUUGAGACCAGAUGGCGAAGAUAUCUUUUUGCCAGUGUGGAAGGGUAAAACUAAUAUCAACUUGAUGUUGAACAAGCACGAUACUUUCGAAUUGUUGUACCGUAUCUUUGGUAUUGAAACUGAUAAGAAUACUACUUAUAAGCAAGAUGCUAGUGGUCAUAACUCGAGAAUUGUCGUGGGUAAAUCGGAAGAAUCUAAGGAAUCAGAACCUCAAGCUGAUGCUGCUAAAGAACCAGAAACUAAGGAAGCAGAAUCCAAGGAACCUGAAUCUUCCAAUAACGAAGCCUGA